AUUGUGAUGAGUCAAUAACAAGAAGAACAGAAGGCUAUCCCUCUUGACAAAUUGACCCCUCAAUAAUUGUUGUAGAUCAAAAAGCAAAUAGAGGAGGUUUGACGUUAUUCUAUAAAAUAGGAAGUUCAAUAGCUAAGUUAAUCAUCCUCUUAAUUCAGAAUUGCAAUUGCCAAGUAUGAUGAAAGCAAAGUAAUCUUAAAGAGAUUAGAUUAAACCCCUAAAGAUACUGAUCUCUUAGUACCAAUUACUGCAUCACUCUUAGUACCAGGUACUGAUUACAUACAAUAAUGAGGAAGAUUGAUUAGCCCAUAAUCAGUUAUGAUAGACUACGGAACAGGAUAUUUUGUUGAGCGCAAUACUGAGCAAGGAUAACAUUUUUGUGAUAGAAAAUUACAGCUUUUGAAAGAAUCACAAGAUAAAUUGAGUAAUAUCAUCAAUUAGAAAAAGUAAUUCAUGGAUAAAUUGAAUAUUGAAUUAUAGAAAAGAGUGUUGCAAGUUUAAUAAAUUUAAUAGCAACAAUAACUACAAAAGUAAUGAAUGAUGAU